UUUCAUUGUGCUUCCAGCCAUCGCCAAGCCAACACUAAAGCCAUCAUGAAGUUCUUCCCGGUAGUGGUCCUCCUAUCAGCCUGUCUCCUGAUUGGAGUCAAUGGUCACCAGGAUUCGACUCGCUCGGGUCCUCCGCAACCCAAGGGUGAUUACCAAACCGAUAGGCCACUAAAGAGUGAUUACCAAACCGAUAGGCCACCAAAGAGUGAUUACCAAUCCGAUAGGCCACCUAAGAGUGAUUACCAAUCCGAUAGGCCACCAAAGGGUGAUUACCAAUCCGAUAGGCCACCAAAGGGUGAUUACCAAUCCGAUAGGCCACCAAAGGGUGAUUACCAAUCCGAUAGGCCACCAAAGGGUGAUUACCAAUCCGGAGGGCCACCAAAGAGUGACUACUCCAUAGGGUAACUACUUUUCCGAUAAGUCAUCUAGCUCUGGCUAAAAUGUAACUAUCAGAAGAUUUUUGCGCCAAAAUGCCAAAAAUAUAAAUAAAA